CCUUUAGCAGGUUCACCCUCGGAUUUUCUGAAGAAUAUAGUGGGGAAAAGGGUCAAAGUGAGAGUGGGUAAAGGGAUCGAUUAUCAUGGCCUGCUCACUUGCCUGGACGGGUACAUGAACGUAGCUUUGGAGGAAACGGAAGAAUGGGUAAAUGGACAUAGAGUGACGACGUAUGGGGAUUGUUUCCUGAGAGGUAAUAAUGUCUUAUAUAUCUCCGCCAUGGAAGAUCUGUGA